UUGGGAGGUCCGAGGUGCAAGCACGGCAUUCCAUGUUUGGAGGAAAGAAGAAGUUGUUUCCGCGUUGAGAUUCAAUCUCUCUGUUUCUCCUGCAGAUACUCCGAUUUCUGCCAUUUUCAACUUGUUGUUCAAGUUCAGAAUGGUGAUAGAAGAGGAGCUGUCGAAGUUUUCAAGAGUCUCUCCAACAAAAGCGAGUUCACAAUAGUGGCAAGCAUUUGUUCGGCGUUGCUUCUCGGUUACGAAGAUAAAAUUUCCACAAAACGUGACAGAAUUUUUGAUAACAACCGCUGUUCCACUUUUUGCACAGCACAGAUUUAUAGAAGGCUGUAUAUUGAUGCAUUUAGCUGCGCUAAUCUUUCUGCCGCAAGAUAUCUUCAGGACAACGGAAGAUGGGAAGAUUCUGUCGAAGUCUGCAAAUUGGAAGAGUUUUCGAAUGAGUCGAAGAGUUUGUUGAGAAGAGCCGCCCACCACUUCUUGGAUACUGAAAUGCAAUGA